CGCUCAAAUCACAUGGUGUUUUAAGAAAUGCUCCAAAGAUGGCGGUAGCGGCGGCCGGAGGCGGCGGCCGGCUGCAGCGGAGCGGCGCGCUGGAAGUUUUGGUGCGCGACCGGUGGCACCGGGUGCUGGUGACCCUGGGCGGCGAGGCGCUGGUGCUGAGCUGCGAGGAGGGCGGAGGCGCCGCCGCUUACAACGGCAUCGGGGCAGCAGCGGCGGGCAAUGGAACUUUCUGCGGCAGAGGCGCCGGCGGUGGGGCGUCGAGGGCGAACGCCGCCGCCGUCGCUUGCCCCUUGCCCGGAGCGGGCUCGCCCGAGUCGCCGUCGGGGAGUAGUUACAACGGCGGCGGCGGGAGCCCCGCGGCGGCGGCGGCGAUCGGGGUUCGGACGGCACUGACCGACUUGCCCGAGCAAGUGCCCGAAGCCGUCUCCAACCAGAAGCGGUGCGUCAAGGUGCUGAAGCAGGAGAUGGGCGGCUUGGGCAUCAGCAUCAAGGGGGGCAAGGAGAACAAGAUGCCCAUCCUCAUCAGCAAGAUCUUCAAGGGCUUGGCGGCCGACCAGACCCAGGCGCUCUACGUCGGCGAUGCCAUCCUGACCGUCAACGGCGCCGACUUGCGCGAUGCCACCCACGACGAAGCCGUGCAGGCGCUCAAGAGGGCGGGCAAGGAGGUCGUGCUGGAAGUGAAAUACAUGCGAGAAGCCACUCCUUAUGUGAAGAAAGGAUCUCCUAUUUCUGAAAUCGGAUGGGAAACUCCUCCUCCUGAGUCCCCCCGUUUGGGCAACCCAACCAUUGAUCCUCUGUUGCCGCUGUCUCUCAACAUCCACCGAGACAAAAAAACCAUCCCACUCAAAAUGUGCUACGUGACGCGGAACAUGGCUAUGUUAGAUCCAGAAAACAGGAUUGUUGAAGUUCAUUCACCAGACGCCAAGCACAUCUUGGUGCUAAGGAGUAAAGACGCAAGCACCGCCCAGGCCUGGUUCUAUGCUAUCCACUCCUGUAUCAGUGAGCUCAUUCCUAAAGUCAUCUCAGAGGUCAAAGAUCAACUGGGCAAAGCAGGAAUUGCUGGAGGCCGAGAAAUUAGGCAUUUGGGUUGGCUGGCAGAAAAGGUACUGGGAGAAAAUGAGAAGCCUUGGAAAGCAGUGUUGGUUGCCUUGACGGAGAAGGAUCUCUUGAUAUUUGAAAGCAUGCCACGCAUCAAGGAAGCUUGGUUCACUCCGCUGCAUUCCUAUCCUCUCUUAGCUACCAGGUUGGUACAUUCAGGACCCGGGAAGGGGUCUCCACAGUCUGGGAUAGAUUUGUCCUUUGCCACUCGAACGGGCACACAACAAGGGAUUGAGAGCCAUCUUUUCAAAACCGAGACUAGCAGAGACCUUUCACUAUGGACUCGGAGCCUAGUUCAAGGUUGCCACAACGCUACUGAACUCUCUGUGGAAGUCACAACAGCUUGCACGUAUAAAAACCAGGAGUGCCGUUUGACCAUCCAUUAUGACCAUGGAUUUACCCUCACAACUGAACCCCAAGUUGGUGCCUUUCCCAAAACCAUCUUCCAGUAUCCCUACGAGAAGCUAAAAUCAUCUUCAGAUGAUGGGAUUCGGAUGCUCUAUUUGGACUUUGGAGGAAAGGAAGGUGAAAUUCAACUGGACCUUCAUUCCUGUCCAAAGCCGAUUGUAUUCAUCAUUCAUUCAUUCCUUUUUGCCAAGAUUACAAGACUUGGAUUGGUAGCAUAAAUUCUGUCUGUCAUUGGCAAGAACAAGAAAAAAAAUGGAACUACUUAAGUCCAAAUCUCCUAACUUGUUGUCAACACUGGGAGCUACUAGGAGAACUUAUAAACUCUUCUGCAGAUGACCUGAAGUUCAAAUGGGGGGGGGGGCAAAGUUGAUGUUUUGAUCAAAUAUAAUAAUCAGGGCUCUGAAGAAUAAAAGUUAUAAUAUUUGCUUCAACUAAAACAUGUUACAAGGGAAACAAUGGUGAUUGCUCUGAAUAAAGCCAAAAUUGAGUGAUUAAGACGUAAGAGAUGAAUGCUGCAUGAUGGUAUUUUGGAUGCAUAAGUGUGCCUAUAUGUAUGUUUUUAGAGCAAUAUGUUCCAUCUUGGGUUUUGAGAAUGUCUGGGCUUCCCUAGAAGAUUCAGCAAUUUUUCAAUGAAAAGAUUGGUGAUGGUAGAGUAGCUUCUGUGAAUGCUAAGUUUUUCCCUUCUCCCCUUCAUCAUCUUCCCCCACCUUUUAAAAUUUACCUCUAGUAAAUCAGACUGUUUUUGUAAACAGGUAACAUAUUCUAAAUCAGCGGUUCUCAACCUAUGGGUCGGGACCCCAUUUGGGGUCAGUCGACCAUUUCACAGAGGUUGCCAAGCAAGGCUGUCCACCAUUUUUUCCGCCUUUUCCGGCGGGUGCCGUACCUCCCUUGGGCUGGGCCAGCUGGUGGCCCAGCCGGUGGUCGGCCUGCCCCAUCUCUGCCGCUUGCCAGCUACGUCUUGGCCGGCGCAGGGGCGACACCACGCAUGGGUGGCGUUCCUGGGCAGGGAAAGUCCUCGACUUACGACCGGUUGGGUAGUCCUCGACUUACAACCGGUUUAGUCCUCAACUUACAACCGGUUUAGUCCUCGACUUACGACCGGUUGGGGGUCGCAGCAUUAAAAAGGUUGAGAACCACUGUUCUAAAUCCUUUGUAAGGUGCAGAGAAACAGCACCUUGGAUAGAAGCGGAUAGAAAUCCUACAGAACAGGAAAUCUGAAAACCACUGAAAAGUAAAAGCUAAGUAGAUAGUUAACAUCAAAAUCAGGAUUUUUAAAACGAACCCGAUGUGUUACAUUCUUUUUUUCUCGCCAAACUAUCAGUUCUCAAAAAGCACAAAAAACUUAUCUGUGUACAAAUUAGUGGUUUGCUUGUCAAGAGAAGGGAUGAAUUUGCAGUCCACUCUAUCUUUUUUCUAAUAAGGAGCACAUCAAUUUGUGUAACUCACACGGUCAGGGCUCAAGUUGCUGUACGCCACGGCUUCCCAGCCUUGGCAACUUGAACACGCGUGGACUUCAACUUCCUGUAUUUCCUGGGGCUGGGGAAUUCUGGGAGUUGAAGUCCUCAUGUCUUAAAGAUGCCAAGUUUGGGAAACUGCUGUAGGCAGACUGAGUUUGCUGACUUAUCAAACUUGGAGCAACAUCUUAAAAAUAUCUUUAGAUAACAUAUUUCAUAGACACAGGAUACAUUUGAGAAUUUGUUGAAAAAACAAGGCCAAUUCAAGUAAUAAAAUCCAAAUAACGUAAGUUUUAUAUGAUUGCAGUUGUUCAGUUAACAGUUAUAACUUGUGACGGGGAGGGAGGUGGAAUCUGGUAUACAUCAUACAUUUUAAAACAUUACAAUGGAAAUACAGUAAAAGCAAUGGAAACGAUAAACAUCUUGAAAAGAGGAAAUGCAUUUCAGAGGGGUCCAGAGUGGCUGAAUUGUAGUUCAUAUGUGAUGUUCUCAGUGGAAUUUUGGCUCGUGCAUUUUGUGGCUUGUAAUUCUCUUCCGCUGUCCACAAACCCUUUUGCAGCAUUUGGCUGUAGGCCCUUCUAAAGCAAAGGAGACGUUUUUGUGAUUUGGAAGAAGGCGGAAGCAUCCUCCAGGAGACAGGAAGAUGCUGAAGAAAUAUGGAUAGAAAGGAUACAGAGGCAAUGAAGUCUGAGUAAUUUAGGACAGUAAUUAGCCGUGUGGAAAAAACUGGGAACAAGGCAAAGAAGAGGAACAUCAACCUCAUCUAGAAGAUCCAUGCAAAACAUCUAAUGCAGAGAAGAAGCAAGGAGUGGCUAUUAAAGCUCAGAAAACAGGUUAAAGUUGGUGAGUGUGCUGUCCUUCAUUAAGCAUUUGGGUCCAACUUGCAAAAAUCAGAGCAAUAUCAUGGAGUAUCUUUUCCACCGAUGUUCUGGAGAUCUCACCUAAAUAGGGAAGAGAACCUUCUGCACCUUCCAAGGUCUUUUCCGUUUUCUCGUCGCUUUACAUCAAGGAAAAGAGAAAUAAAUUAUGUGUGAUCUAGACUUUCCCCUAUCACCCAUACUCAGCAUAUUCUAUCAAGGAAAGGAGAUAUGGUCAUUUUCCAAGAUUUUGAUCAACAAUGUUUAGAAGAAUCCAAAGCUGAUCAAGUCUACCUAGCUGAGAUCUUAAAUUUUGUGUUGUGGCAGUUAACAGGCAUAUCUGAACGUUGUGGUCUGUAGUUUGGGAGCUCUGAAACUUAGCGUAGGCUGAAAUCUUAACGGCAGGGCCUCAUCCUGGUGACUGGCAUUCACUGAAUUAAACCCAAGACAUUAGGGAGCUUUAAUCUUUUCUGUCUUGUUCUGGAGAACAAGGGCAAUCAAUCGCAGCAGCAGCAGCCUGGACUACUGUUCAAGUGUCAUUUUAACAUUGUUUUCAUCUUGUCCCCCCCAAAAAAAAGUCGUCUUAAAGUUGCACUCAACUUCAUAGAUGCAUCCAUAUACUCUUUUUGGCUGCAAUAUGGACAUGGCGUACAGAUAAUCCUCGGCUUAUGACCAGGGGUACACAAGAUUGUGUUCUGAAAUUCUAAUGGCCUUUUCCCACACAGUCACGUGACUGCAUUUCAGGCACUUGGUAGCCAAGCCGCAAUUAAGGCUAUCUGCAGCAUCCCAUGGUUCAUGAGACCCUGUUUAACAAUGUUUUUUGCUAAAAAAUGGCAUUUACUUCAUUUUUAGCAAAACUGGCCCCUAUCAAACUUCACGACAGCUGCGGUCAUUUAACGACUGCCACAAAAGUUAUAAAAUCGAAUCGGUCAAGUGUGUGACCUGCUUUACCAUCAUCAUAACUUACAAUUGUGAUGGCCAGGUUCCAUUACGGUCAUAAGUCAAGGAGUAUCUGUACAGUUGCCUUAUCAAAUGCUUUCACCCAAUCUAAUCUCCAGCUAUAGAGCUUUAUUUGUGGUUUUUCCACCCCAGGUACAAGCCAAGUCCUAUCCUGCUUAGCUUCUUAACAACCUGCUAAAUGACUGUCAGAUACAUCAAACUUAAAAAGUUUAAUGUCUACAUCAAAAGGCCAAAAAAUAAAAAAAAGCUUACUUGCAAUAUGGAUACCCAGAGGCACAAAUUUAACUCAGUUGUGUCUUUUUUUUAAUUCAUGGGCCAUAGUAAAUAAGGAUGUUUUUAGGGUUGCUUAGAUAUAUGUGGUCAGUUGAGGUUAUGCCCUUGAAUUCUCAACCUGAAUCCAUAAUAUUUCCACACUACAGAUUACAAAUACAAUUUUGUAUGAAGAUACAAAAAAAUGGAAGCUAAGUGUAAAUAUAUAAAUUGUGCUUGCUUUCAACUGCAUUUGAAGAAAAUUCUCUGCAGCAUUACAUUCUCCCUGAAAUAAUUAAUCUAGGUUUCAGAUAAUUUGAUUAGAAUAAAUAGGAUUCAUAAAGGCUGCUGUGUUAAUUCUUAAAUGCGAUUAAGGUAAUCUUAGAGAAUAUUCAAAACAAGGUUGGGCUGUUAACCAUAACUUAAGAUUUUACACCUGCAGAAGUCUAGGUAGUUCUAUAAAAUAAUCAUUUGUCAUGGAAUAUCUACCAUAUAAUUUCUUUCGUAGCAUUUUGUUAGUAAUAUAAAAUUAACUUAAUAAAAAGCUGCUUGAUUUUGAGUCUACAUUUUCACUAUAUGCCCAGUUUGUGCCUAAGCUUCCAUUUUUAUUUCAUUUGGAGCUUUAAAUAUAUAUAUCCAGAGGUCUCUCUACUUUAAAAUAAAUAUAUUUUUGCAGAUACGAAAUUUCCAUUGGUUUGUGUCUUGUCAGUGAAAGAAUGACGUACAAAAUUUGUGAUUUAAACGGCAUUUUGUGAAAAAAAAAAUAAGGAAUCUCAAAUAACCCUUUCCAGUGUAGCAGGAUUUUCAAGUUCCUUCCAUGGCAGUAUUUAUUAUUGUGAAUGAGCAAAAGCCAGAGCAUAAAGUAAAAUAUUGUGUAUUUUAGGAAAAGUUCAUGCAUAUGUAAAUUCUAUUGUACUGCUACUUUCAAUAUCUAACCCCCCCAUUAGAAUAAUAUAUCUGCUUUGUAUAUAAUCAGGAUUAAUUCAUUAGUUAUAUCAUGUAUUGUACGGUGCUCAAAUCACAACAUGAAGAAGUGAACAACUAAUUUGCAAAAGUAUAUAUAUUUAUAGUCAAAUACAGAUUUUGAACGACUCUAGAUACGGUUACUUUAGAUGGGGUUGACAGAAUGAAUUAAAUGGAACUACCCCAGAUUUAUAAGAAUUUAAUCUACAAUAUUUAUAUUUUCAAGAGGGAGAAAAAAAAACUAUAUUUAAUAAAGUGUCACUUAUUGGA